GAGAAAAAUUCAACAAAUCAAGUGCACACAGAAUUAUUUAUUAUCGAAAAUUUAGUGAAAAUAAAUAUAAUUAAAUAACAGAAAUCAUUUCAAUUGAUACAUUGUUCCAUUUAGAAUAUGAAAUAAUAAAUCGAUAUAAAUUUAAUGCAUUGAAAAGUAAGUGAAAGUUGCUGGAAGAAGUCGUAAUUGCAAUUAUUUGUGUCUUAAAAAUAGCGAGUCUCACUGAAAUCCAGAAGACGGAAGAAGUUAAGUGGUACAAAAAGAAGAAGAGGAAGACAAUUUUUGUGUAAUUUGCAACGAAUUUCAAAAACAAAGCAAAAUACGUGAAAAUGCGAAUAUAGAUAUACAAACUAUAUAGAAAAAAACGUAAAUUGUUAUAAAAAAGUGCAGUACACAGAAUAGUGGAUUUAUAUUCGAAUGAAAAGGGGUUUAUUGGAAGAAAAGAAAUACUUAAUGCAUAUAUAUUUAUUAAUAAUACUAUAUUUUAAGAGGAACGCUUAAAGUUUACCAUUUCUAUAAACAUAUUCUAGGUUAAAGUGAAGAUUGAAAAAUACAAAUGUUUUCUUUUAAGCCUGCAUAAAAAAGUUACAAUUGUUCAAAGUGAAGAAAAAUUUGAUUUCGUUUUGAAAACACUCCAAAAUGGAUGCAAAGAAGAAUAAAAUGUGCAAAGUGCGUCUGAGACGUCUCAGACCUGAUAUGGUGGACAAGUUAAAGACCAAAAGAGGAAUGACAAAAGCCGAUGUUCAAUUUAGUUCAUCCUCAUCAGAAUCGGAUGACGAUAAAAUGAACGUUGAUGAUGAUUGUGAGAAAAUCAGUGUGCAGCUGAGGAGUCCCCUUGCUUUAGGUAGUAAUAAAGACUUUGAUCCAUAUGUCCUAUUAACUGAAGCCCAGGCUGCCUUAAAAUUGAGUACUGAAAAUGAAUGUAAUCAUGAUUCCAAAGUUUCUGAAGAAAAAAUGGAAACAGAAUAUUCAACAGCAUCAGCAAACAAUGCAAGCAAUACAAAUGCCGCAAUAGCGACAGUUGUAAAGCCGAAUAAGAAAGCAAAACAUUGUAGAAAACAAAAAUCAAAUUAUUAUCCACCACUCGGCGAGACCAGUGCUAAUGCCAGCAGCAGCUGUGCGAAAUUAAAGUCAUCAAUUGAAAAUGAUAUUUACGAUUUGAUAUAUUAUCAUAGUGAUGAUGAGGGACCUUGCAGCUAUAAUUGCAAUCAUGCUAGAGCGUCUUCAACUGCCUCCGUUCUUGCUCUUGCACCCACCGAUCGUCGCAGCAGUACUGGCAGCAGUUCGUCUCUACUCUCCGAUAAAUGCUCUGUGCGUUUUUCCAAACUCUUCGAAAACAAUUGUAUAUCUGUUAUGGAUGAUGAGAAUCCACCAACAGCUCUAUCAAAAAUCCUUUCGAUUAAGGAAUUUGAUCCAUUGGCUCCUCAACAAAUUCUUGCAAUAAUUAUUAAAUCGAUCGUUUCUCUUGCGGAAUUAAGUCAGCGUGAUGACAACAUUGUUUGCAUAGACAUCGAUAAACGGCGUAUAUUGGAAUUUUCCGCAAUGAGCCCAGAGGAAAAGAAAAAUUGUCCUCUAAAUCCGUAUAUGGAUGUUUCCAACAUAGUAGUUACUCACUCUGAUGAUGAGUUUUUGACAUUUUGCUUAUGCGAAAAUUGUGAAAAAUAUCGUGAAUUUGUCAUACAUAUAAUGGUGGAACAGUUCAAGGCCACUCAUAUGGUAGUUAUGCUAUUAGAUGUUUUAAUUAAAUCAUAUGGACCUAUGCUAAAAAACAUUACCGCUUAUAAUAAGUUUGAAAAGCUACUCGAUAGUAAUAAGGAGAUAUAUUGGAUAACAUGUGGUGUUAUAUACCAUAAAAAGGCUGAGCAUUUGGAUUUCAUUUAUGAUGAAUAUCUAUCAGAUAAUAUGAUAUUUGUACUCUUCAGUUCCAUUUUAAUGCUAAACAAUCCUUUGCUGCUAUUGCAAAUAUUAGCAUUUCAUGUGGAAUGUAUUGUGGAAGCGUAUGCAGAAGGAUUUUUGGAGAUUGUUGAACCCGAUAAGAGUAAAAUACCAGCUGAUGAAAUGAUCAAUUAUAUUCUCAAUGGCUAUGACGAUUUGAUGCGUAUUUCUGAACAGGUGGCUUCUUAUUUGUUUGCUUUUGAGAAUGACUUUUUGCGUAAAUUCUCAUUAACUUGGAAGCUAUUGUGUCAACGUUUAUAUCAACAACAUGUUCAUUUGCAUUUGGCAGACACAAUGUUGGCUUGCAUUAUAACCUUGAAAGAAGAGGAAUUAACUUCACAUCAUACUGAUCUUAUCAAGCGUUACAUACAAUUUGAUGACAUUAUGAAUUAUGUUGAAAAACGUUGGACCGAUGUGUGGAUCGAACUGAAUAAAUUCAAUUUGUCAGAGGUGGAACGUAAGCGACGUAAAUCGCUUUUAGAUGUGUAUCGUAUUUUUGAUACGGUGGUACAGGAUGCCAUUGGAUUUUCGCUGCAGGACAGCGUGGACGACAAUGAUUUUUAUGAUUUUCGAUUUUUAAAGAACCGUCGCUUAGCCUGGAAGAAUAUAAUGUCAUAUACGAAAAUGAAAUGGCCAGAUGGUUUCUUUCAGCCGCCCAAUACUUUAGUAGUCGAUGAUAAAUGUCAGACCUGUAAUGUUUCCCUAGAAUAUCAUGCAGACUAUUGCAAAUGUAUCACCUGUUCUAUAGCUGGUGGUCCUUUACCACCUAGACGCAACGCUGACGGUAAAUGUUCCAAAUGUUUGGCUCAUGAAAUUGUCGAGAAAGAUGUUAAUUUCUAUGAUUCGAAAAUAUUGAACGUUUGUGCCAGUGAUGAUUUUCAAAAUUUGGUUUCAAAGACCAGCAGCAAUUGUACAAAACGUAAAAACACUGCCCUUCAAGAGGUAGGCCAAGAGCUUUACUCGACCUUAGCAUCAGUCGGCGAAAUGUUAAAUGUUAAUGAUUACGAUCCAAGUGUUGAAAAAACGACUACAUCCAUCAAUAAUAUCUAUCAUAUUUCAUGGGCUGUCUUUAAUCAUUUAAACAAUCGUAAACGUUAUACACAUGCAACAAUUGAAGAAGAAUAUUUUUGUCGUGAUUGCAAACUGCCUUCAUGUCUUUUGGCACAUAAGAUUUUAACCAAUAAAAUAUCUCCGUCACUCUCGCAGGAUCUGGUGCACUAUUAUCAGCCCAUGUCGAUGAGUCGCGAAGAGCUACGUUCAAUUUUACCCAACAUAAUGUUGUAUAAUCGUAAAUUAGUUGCCUCUAAUAAUGGACUAGAUUUGAUAGAUGUACACGAUUUAGUGGUUAAAAUUUAUUGGAUUUUUAUAAUCUCCAUAUAUGCCAUAUAUUUUAUUAAUUAUGAUGAUGAUGAUGAUGAAAAUUAUGCUGAUAAUCAUGAUGGCAAUACAGGAGACUUGGAUAAAAAAUGUACAUUCUCUUAUUUAGACGUUUUAGAAUUGGCAAAUAAUGAUAUAAAAGUAAAUAUGGACAAAGUAACUGGCAAUAAGGAUGAUACAAAGUUUUUGGAAUUUCUCGAUAAAGUCAAGAGUUUAUCACCAUACAAUAACGAUGUUGAAUCCAAUUUUGAAGUUGGUGUUAAUGUUAAUAGUGCUGAAAUGCAAAUGAAAUUGAAUGAUAUUUUAAAAAUAAACGAUAAUCAAGAUAUUCCUUCUCAAUGUGAUAAUAUACCACCGCCAAUCAUGACUCCAACUGAAGAUGAAGAACAACCCCAGACCUCAGAUUUAACUCCUUCCGAAACGGUUGAGGCACAACCAAAAAAGUCGUGUAAGGAAAAAUCUAAGAAAUGUUGUUUUGAUCAUUCUGAUAUUGGAGGAGAUCAUUGUAAAGAAAAUCAUUCGAGUAAAAAACGUUUGAAAAAGGAUUGUAAUCAUGCUCGCAUGAAUGAAACUAGAGAUAGACUGCGAAAGAAGUUGUCUCAAAUUGUGAAUGCUAGAAAAAAUACAAAGCCUUUGCAAUUACCAGAAACUUCACAAACAUCAUCCACAACAACAUCGACAACAACUGCUGCAACAACUGCUUGUGCAGAAGCACAAAAUCAAAUGGAAAAUGUUUUAAAUCCUGAAGAGUUAAAACUGUUUCAACAGUAUUUGCCACAGCCAGAUUUUUGGGAUAUUCAUGAUUUUGUUGCAACAUUUGAUCAUAUCUAUACAGAAGCUAGGCGUAAUGAUAACUUACAUAAUCUAUGUGAAUGCUUGCAACAUUUAAAAACAAAUCCAAAAGGAGAAUCGAAAAAUAACAAUAAUAACAAUACUAGUAGUAGUAGUAGUAGCAAAAAGAUUCAACACAAUCAUCAACACGUGCAACAACAGCCGCAACAACAGUUGCAACUAACACCACCACAACAACAACAACAGCAGCAGCUGCAACAACAUGACAACAACCAAUCGCCGCUUCAGCAAUCAUCCUCACUAGAACCACCAAAUAAGAAAUCAAAUUUAAGCAACAACUCCACACGUGAUGCUUCAACCUCAAGCCAGGGCACAAAAAGUAAAGAUAAUAAUUCAACGAAUAAUACAACUACGCCCAUUUCGUCAUCAAAAACCGCCAACAAUUUGGAUUUCGUCAGUGAAAUAUGUGAAAUCAUCGAUAACUAUUCCAAAGAGCAGGCAAAACGAAAGUGGAUUAAAGAGACUCUCAGUUUUAUUGAAGGUCCGACUGCUGGUGCCGGCAAAAAGAAGACGCAACCACAAACUUUGAAUCCGAAAAAAGCUGCCAAGAAAGCCAAACAGAAACAACGCAAAGAGGAAGAAAAACGUAUAACCGAACUACAGGAUCUAAGAGCACAGUUUCACAAUAUUUACUUCAAAGAAUUUAGUGAAAAACUAAAUCUAAAAUCGUCAAAGGCCAACAAGAAGAGGGACAAGAAGAAAAUCAGUGAAUUGGAAAAUAAUAUAAAAAAUUUACAACGUGCCAAAGCUAAAGUUGAAACUGCCAUAUUAGAACUAAUAGCAACGGUCAAACAAACUAACACUGAAUUCAAAUUUCCAUACUUGCCCACUAAAGAACAACAAAUGGAAAAAGUGCGGGAGUUGGAAGGUCGCGAUAGCUACAAGGAAAGCGAUAAAACCAUUAAGGUACGCAAUUUACUACAUCACACUGCUAAAGAUGCAGCUGAUGCCAUGACUUCUGCUUCCUCUCCGUUUACAAUGACACCUACUAACAACCUAAAUAUGGUACCAGAAUCAUAUAGCAUGCCAUAUGCCCAUGCCAACCACUUUCCAUACAAUCUUGGCUUUCCCACUCCCGCUGCGCCAGCCCCGUUUGGUCUAAUGCGCGCUACACCUAUGUGUUAUGCCCCACCGCCGACAGCAGCAGUAUCUUCAGUUCAACAACAACAGCAACAGCUCGCACCUGAUGUUGUAGCGGCCAUGGCGGCAAAUGUUGCCAGUAACAGUACUACAGAUCCCUCCAAACGUAUAGUAACAAUCAGGCGAGUUAAUUUACCGAAUGUUCCAGAACCUCAAGUAACGGUUACGGCAAAAGGUCCAUCUCCAGAUAAAGACAAAUUAUUAUAUACCUUUAUAAACGGCCAAUUGAUACAAACUGGCACGGCUCCUCCCAUAACCAUGCCACAAAUACCAGCUGCAGCUCCCUUGCAUCAGCAACAACCCCCACCACCGAUGACACAUCAAACUACCCAUGUCACAAAAUUGACUGCGGAACAUUUGUUGUCUAUACCACCACCUCCUCCACCAAAGCUUUCGAAGACUCAAAUAAAAAAAGAAAGAAAACGUUUGGCUAAACUUCAGGCCGAAAGGGAAGCUGCCGAGGAAGCUGAGCGUAAGCGUAUAGAGGAGGACCAACAAAGAUUGAGAGAAUUAAAUGAGCGAAAGCAAUUAGAAAUGCAACAGUUGCAGCAACAACAGCAACAGCAAAAACAGCAGCAACCAAAGAAGAAAAAGAAGAAUUCACAAACUCAACAACAAUCAAAACUAUCGUGUUGUCCAUCAUCAUCUAACACUAACAAAGAUCCAUCAACUAAUAGCAAGAACAAAAAUAAACUCUCCAACUCGAAUUCGACAACAUCAGUUUCCACAAACGAAAACAAUGAAUCGCCAAAACUUCCUCAAAUGAUGGCUAUAAAAAACUCGGCAAAACAAAAACGUUCCGAUUCGACGACAACCUCUUGCUCAGCUGCUACUUCAACAUCAUCCAACAAUUCAACAAGUUCGCAAAUGAACACCAGAGACAACUCUGUAAGUAGCCUAAAGCCAUCAGAUUUAAAGAAGUCUUCUAACAACAAAAAGAACACAGCAAAAGAACAAAAGGUCGGCACCACUCAAAAACCUGACACUGUUAACAAGAAUAAAACAAAAACUAGCCAAUCGAAGCAGCAAAAACAAAACAAAAAACCAACAAGAAUACCACCAACUCCAUCAACCACAUCCUCAGAUGCUGAAGACGGAGAGGGUCAAGAGGUAGAAGAAAUUAAAUCAACACCAUCGCCACCAUCAACACCUGCUCCUUCCAAAAUAAAAAAGCAGCAAACGCAAGCACCGAAACCAAUAAAGCCUUCACAGAAUAAGCAAAAAAACUUGACGCAAAAAUUAAAACCGCCGCAAAAGCCAAUAACACCCCCCAGUUCUGAUAGCGAAACUGAAGAUGAUGAAGAAGUUGUAAAUACCGAACCUCUAAUCAAGGAACCUAAAAAACGACGCCCCAAAUUAGUGGACAAUGGUCAAUUUGAUAACAACCCCUUUAAGUCGUUACACAUGCAAGAUUCUGAAACUGAAUGGUCCUCUGCCGAAGAAGAUGACGGAAAUGAAGAUACUGAAAACGAAGUUGAAGUAAAAACGAUCACAACAUCUGUUUUGGAACAGAAAACUUUGAUUCAAAAGCAAGAACAGAAAUCAAAAAAUGAAGAACAGAGAAACAAUGUUAAAUCUACUGCACAAACUCAAAGAAAGAAACCAGAAACAGAAAUUAAAGAACCCAAAAUACAACAGUCAAUGUCGUGUUUGCCAACAGCAAAUAAAAAUUUAACAAAUAAAUCUUCCAAAAGCAACAAGAACAUAAAAUACCAACAGCAAGAUGAAAAGCUAGAUCAGUGUACGGCUACAAAACUAAAUAAUCCACCAAGAGGACAACAAAGACCACAGGAAAAUGAAAACAAAAUUAGCAACCAAUCGCGCCUGCUUAAACAAAAUACACAGCAAAAUAUAACUAGUAGUAGCACUAAUAGCCGCAAAGGGAAAAAUGAUAACCGCCAAACAAAUGUCACCAACACUUUUGUUGGCACUCAAACUAAACCCAAUAAUAAACAAGCUAUCACUUCAUCCAAUGUACGCAGCCAACAAACUACUUGCUCCACCAGCACACGGAACAACAGCAACAACAAUCGCAAUAACAGCAAUAGAAAUGCAAAUUGUCAUCAAAAUAAUAUGGAGCAAAACCAACAUAACUAUCAACAUUAUCAUCAGCAGCAUCAAAAUAUCCAACAGUCGUCAGCAACAUGUGGUGGUGGUGGUAAUAUUGAAAAUAAGAAUCCCUCUAACAAAAGAUCGCAACGUAAUAAAAAAUAUCAACAAAAAUCACAAAAACACCCUUCAAAUAUGCAUCAUAACCACCAUCAGAAUUGUUGUUCAUCGGGAAUUCCGAAUCAUAUGGGUUACUUUAACGCCAAUGAAGUCAAUAUAACAUCAUCUAAUACACAGCAACAACAAGCUAACAAUAAUAACGCAUCUCAAAAUCGUUCGUAUCAAACGUUGGCCGAACAAAUGCAGGCUUUACGUUUAAGUGGCCACCAAGUUCAAUCAACAACUGCCGCAGCGACAGCUCAACAACGUCAGCAACAUAUCAAUUCGGCAAAUGUCAGUAUUAUGGAUCAGCUAAAUCGUGGUGUUCAAGUCGAAAAUCUAUCUCUACCGCCUGGCAUCACACUAACAAAAGUUGAUCCCAUUAAGAGUGAACAAUUGCGACAAAAAUCUGAAUCGAUUAAAAAGUUGGCAAAACCUCUGCAACAGCAGCAACACCUUCAUCAACAGCAAAAUCUACAAACAUUCCAUCAUACUUCGGCUGGUGCUACUAUUAUAGCGCCACCUGUUGGCAAUCCCAUGGCCAGUUAUUAUGGUUCGCCUUAUAUUAAUGCCGCCAACGUCACUGCCGGCAUUGAUCCUCAAAGUGGAAUAAUAAUGGUUGAAGCUAAUCCUCCUAAAAGUCAAACUAAUAUCAGCAGUAACACUAUGCCGCAGACAAAUGUAUCCAGUAAUUGCAAUAAUAAGCAGUCGAAAAAUAAGAAAAGACGCAACAAAUCCAAGGCUAACAAUGCUGGUUCAUGCCCUAUGGCAAGUUCUGGAAAUACGAAUCAAUCAGAAAGUAAUGCUAGUGUUGGAGGUGGUCAGCCGAAAAUGAUAACAUUAAGAAAUCCUAUGUUCCACAGUGGUUCUACCGCUGCUGCUACACCAAUGCUUCAACAACCCGUUUUAUUACCAGAAGGUCGUCCAGUAGACGGUUUUCCAAUGCCUGCCCCCUUGCCAGUGGAUCAACCAGCAGCUAUUAUUAAAAAUGAAAAUGGUAUGUACACCAUACGUAAUCCAGCAUUACACCAGGCUGUCACUAGUGGCUUAGCUAUGGGAGGAUAUCGACAAUUCGGUGGAAAUGUUAAUUAUUACACUCCUCAAGAAGCGGCUGCCGAAGCAGCAAGAGCAACUCGUCAACAACAACAACAGCAGCAACAUAAUGAUAAUAACAAUAGCAAGGCUUCCACAACUGGUGGUAGCAAUCCAUCAUCAUCAUCGUUUUCUUAUUUCUCAAAUGACACGGUACAAACAAAUACACCACACAAUAACAUCAGUAUUAGUUAUACCAGUAUUGGUGGAGCGGAAUUGAAUGCACACAACAACAACCCUACGCGUGGUGGCAGUAGUGUGGGAGGUUUAAUCGGUGAUGCGGCCGUAAUACAACGUCCUACCCCACAGCAACGUCCCAUUUCCGCCAUUGGAAGUGAAAUAAAAAACGCUCAACAACAAAAACAAAAAACCAAAGUCGAACAACAGCAAUGGUCGAAUUUUGGUUCGGAUACACUGCCCUCAAAUAAAAACGAUAAUUUAGGUUGCAAUACAUCCUUUUUGGGCACCGUUACUGAAGCUGGUGCUAAUGCAGUUGGAAGUGCCGGAGGUAGUGGUGCUGUCGCACCGGUGAAUGAUUUGUCGUUACAGGAGAAAUAUCAGCAAUCUAAGUAUUACAAUGGAUUUGACGUUUUCACAGGCAGCAGUGGUGGCAGCAGCAGUUCGGCUGCUACUUGUGCCCAUAUGCAUCAUAGUUGUGGUGACGAUUCACCACCACCCUCUAUAACUGGUUAUAAUUCAUACCUAGACGGUAUACCAAACACAGGUGUUAUACGCUAUGAUGAUGCUUCCUUUUUAAAGAAUUUAAUACCGGGACAGAAUCUCAAUAAUGAGGUGUCUAUACAUAAUGUUAAUGACUCAAAUUUUGCGCGCAAUGCACAAUCGCCACAGGCUCAUCGCGUUGAAAUUACCCCAGUCUAUGGUAACAGGCCACCAUCGACAAAUUUAUACGAAUCUACGGCUGGACAAGCAAAUCAAACUAAUUUUAGAGGCACUUAUCGUGAUCCAUUAAAUGACUACAACAAUGAUGCUACUACCAUUUUCCCUAGUAAUAAUAUGCACUUGAAUUUAAACGAAUUGGAAACUUCGAUGAAAUACGAUUUCGAACAAACGCCGCCAUCAACAAAUGUAGCAACUGUUGCGGGCGAUAACACUCACAAUACAAUAUUGGAUUUUAAGGAUUUAUUAAUAAAGAAUGGACCAACUGGCCCAGCCAGUCACCGAACUUCACCAUACUUGGAUGAAAAUACCCUUGAGGGAUUUGUGCAAAAUAUGAAUUCCCUACAAAUUUCAAACACAUCAACAGAAGAGCAAAGCUCUCAACUGAACGGCAGUGGUCAUUGUGUGGGACAUGGAGCUACCGCUACAACAAGUGCUAAUAAUCCUUCGAAUGGUUGGUGGUAAUCAACACCAUCUUUCAAUCACAUUUUCUUAAUUGAUCAAGAGCCAGAACAAGAAGAAAAAACGAAAACGCACUCGAACAUUCAUUCAUUUUGAAUGUAAAAAUUACUAUUUAAAAUGUAAAAACUAUUCGAAGAAUAGAUUAUAUAUCUCUCUCUAUCUAAACGUAACUCUAUAAUUGUGAACACACUCAAUGCUGAUGAACAAUUGUUAUUUGCAAUAAACAGAAAUAAGAAACAAUUCAAUAAAACAUUAAUAGAAAUAUAUGAAGAAAAUAAAACUAAAAACAACAAAUGGGCGAUUAUCUAUCUGUCUAUCUAUCUUAUUAUUAACAAAAUAUACUAAUAAUUAAUGAAAAGUGUGAAAUUUUUUCAAAAUUUCAACUUUACUCCAAAUAUUAAAAUAUGCUUCUGCUUAGUUUUUCUCUUUAGCUGAUUUAAUUUAAUUUGAAAAACAAAUUAUAAACAUUUACACGCCCUCAACACACAUACACACUCAUUUUCGUAAAUACAUACAUAAAAACUUACAUAUACAUAUAAACAACAUAUUUUACUACGUUCAGUAUUUUGCAAUUUAUUACAAACCAACAAACAACAACUAAAGAAAAAGUGUCUAUUUAAUAACAUAAAUAUUUUAUUUUCAUUCUACACUUAAAACAAAUAAUUCAAGUUUAAUAUAAAAAUAAUCUAUGUAUGUAUAUUGCGUAUAGUUUAGCGCAAAAAUAAAAACCAAUUUGAAAUCAACAAACAAAUUUAAAAAAAUAUAUAGAUAUAAACAAAUAACCUAUCAUAAUCUCUAAUUAA